AUGCAAGACGAGGAUGACCUGUUGUUGGGUGCCGUCGAGGAAGAAGCGAUGGCACAACAUUUAGGCUUUACGGACGAUUUUGAUCAUCAUCAGACCAUCGGUGCUUCAUCCAGUAGCAGUGUUGGAGGAUCUUCUAUACAUAUUUCAACAGCCGUUAAUGGAGCAUUGAUUAACAACCCGUUAUCAUCGGCUCCAUCCACCAAUCAUCAUCACCUGAUGUUAGGCGUUCCGACUACAACAAACAAUGGACAUCUUCCCCAGGCCCCAACAUCUUCAGCCGCAUCUCACCUAAUUCCAUCAGCUGCCUCUGGUGCUUUUCUUCAUCCGCUUCUUGGUAUGUCUCUCACACCACUUGGUAUGCAUCCAUACGUUCCUCUUCCAACCAUUCCACAGAUGCCUCUUCCAAAUGGUAUUCCACAACCGCUAUUAGGGUUGACUUCACCAGCCUCAUCACAACUCCUUUCAUCUCCAGUGUCAUUUGGUCAUCGGGUACUACCUCCCUCUGAAGAACCUUCCGAAGAAGAACAAGAGGUUUAUGAAGUGUACGACGACGAUAAACAAGACCCAACCGAAUUUCCAACAUUGGCACAAGAAGACGUUACCAAUGAGCAACGAUUGGAUGAAAUUUUGUCUGGAUUGCCGAUUUCCGAAGAACAGGAGCGAAUGAAAUAUUACGUGGCACAUGGAGUUAAAUAUCCUUUUGUGGCCCAAUGGAGAAAUCCAUUAAUACAUUCAAUACGAGAAAAUGUUAUCGUAAAACAUGUAGUAACGUUUAACCAAUAUUUCGGGGUAGUUGUAAUUGUGGAACCUCUUUAUGUGGGAGCUGAUAAGAAAAAGAAAAAGACAACUGUAACAGAUUUGCGUAGAACCGGAUUCUAUGUUCAUGCGGCUGAUCUAUAUGGCAUGAAGAAAAAGAGCGUAAUUGGACGAUUAUUAGACGAUCAUCGUAAAUAUAGACAAAGAUGUAUUCUUGUAAAUGAAACCAAGGCCCUCUACGAAUCACAAGAUGUUCAGAUGUUGAAAACUAAAUGCGAAGCUAAAAUUCCAAAAAUUAAUGAAAUUACAAAUUUACUAAGUAACAUGACACAACGACUGAAGAGUAGCGAGGAUCCUGAACUUGUGACUGUGGUAAAUAGAUAUGAAUCUCAAGGAGGAAAUCCGCCACAGAAAAUCAAUAAGAAGCUUGACGUUGCUAAAUCACUAGAAAUUGAUGAGAUUAACGAGAGAAUUACUAGUUUAUGUCCUCCUGGUACGGGAAGUAUCAACGACUUACCAACGUUGGUACGGUACGCGACUACAUGUCUUAAAUUUCCAUUUGAAGCCAAGGUAACCUCUCUCUAUUCUUUCCUUAAUGAUCAACAAGUAGAAUUUACAGUAUUACUGAAUAGCGUGAACUAUAGAUGCAAGCAAGGAAUCAUUUUCAAGGGAUCAAUUUUAUCUGGAAGAUUAGAACCCAUUGAUCAACGAUUUAAAGUUCAUGUUCAAAGUGAUGACGAUGACGACUCUGAUACAGAGGAUGGUCCGGCGAACAGAAAGAAGAGAAAGAUGUCCUCACAUACUUCACUCGACUCGUUCAAUGGCCAAUCAGUGAAGGUGGAAUGCUCACGGUUGAGGUUUGAAGAUCCAAAAUCAGUCAAUUUUAAAAUUCUUCUCGAUUAUCAAACAUGGUUUUGCCAAUCCACUCUUCUCGAUGAGAAGAAGGUGGAUGAUCAGUGGAAUAACCUGAGAUUUUAUUUACAAUUUGUGGAGUAA